AGCUAUUUAUGUAUGUUUACAUAUUGUACUGGAAGAAGGUUUUUGGCAAGAGGAGUAUUUGUGACAUAACCUUGUUCAAAGGUGAUCUCCCCCUCAAUCUCGUCUAAUAAGUAGUAAAGUAGUGCUUAAAGAUGGCGACCAAGCUAUUCACCCAAGAAAUGCGAGAGGCCACCAAGACUAUCCAUAACAUGAGUGAUGCCUUGGUCAACAUCAAAUUAGGGGUGUCCAUUUCCAAUCCCGAGGUUUGGGCUGAAGGACUCAUGGUCUUCUACGAGAUUUUUAGAGCUUUGGAACAAGCCAUGGAGGACCAUAAAGAUUCACUCAUUGGCGAAUUCGACUUGCCCGGACUCAGGCGGGCUGAGGCGUUUGAAGCCGAUUUAGCCUUCUACUUUGGGGACCAUUGGCGUCAAACUUACGAGAUCCGACCGGAAGUGGCCCAAUAUCUGGCUCAUCUAAAGAGGCUGGAGGAUGAGAAUCCCUACCUGCUUAUUGCGUACAUUUACCAUCUGUACAUGGGGCUGCUCUCAGGAGGUCAAUUGUUGAAGAGCAAGAAGGACUUUUUCAAGUCUGGAAAGACGGCAACCCAAGAUGCGGGCGACGCCGUGACUUACUUUAAGGAUGUUUCUAUUGCUAGUUUGAAGAAGCGAAUGAAAGAGAUUGCCAAUACGGUGGCCAAGGACCUGGAUGAUGAAACCCGUAAACAGAUCUUGCAGGAGGGUGUUCAAGUGUUCAAGUUGAAUAACACAAUCAUCAAAAGCGUCAGAGGGGUUAAUGACAUUUUCUAUAAGCGUGUGGGGAUAUGUCUUGCGAUUCUGUGCAUUAUCUUACUUUUAAUCAGAUUCAUAUUCUUUUAGGGUUGAAAAAUAAAGAUAGCUUUAGUUUGAA